AUGGCCACCGAGGCCUCGUCGGUGCUCGUCGCCGUGCGCGUGCGCCCCUUCACCCCGAAAGAAGACACCAUCUUCUGCACCAUCACCGUCCCGGAUAGCGCCACAAUCUCGGUCCUCGAUCUUCCAGCGCUCAUCCCCUGCUCCACGGCGGGCGGGCCGGCGGCCGGCGGCACGUCUGGCAACUCGAAUAGCGGCGACAGUGGUGCGUCAAAUGCCUCCCUGACUCCCGGUCUGACGAGCGGUUGCGGCGGUGUUGCGAGUGGGAGCAGAAGCGGGAGCUUUAACCCCCCUGGCAACAUUGAGUCCCUGCUGCACUCGUAUUCCUUCGACAGGAUCUUCUGGAGCGUGCCGCCGACGGUACUGCCCCUCCCCCCGCCGUCUGUGCUCAACGCUCUGGUGGGCGAAGAUGACACUGUCGAUGGUUUUGGCAGCGGUGGCGGGCGAGGGAUCAAAGUACAGAGCCCGGCGCACCCCACCAAGGCCCAGAGGAGCCUCCUCGCCCAGUACAGUACGAUUGCCAAGAGUCUUCCGUGCUUCACACACGCCCCGACGUGCGACGAUCAGCAGAGUGUGUACAACUUUAUUGGGCCGCGCAUGUGCGAGGCCGUCAUGUCCGGCUUCAAUGCCUGUCUUUUCGCCUACGGACAAACAGGUAGCGGCAAGAGCUACAGCAUGAUUGGCCCAACAGAGGCCCUCUUUGCCAGUACAGGUGCCAAUCCUUCCAGCAGCGGCAGCUCCAGCCACAACCCUGCACCCACGCAGCGUGACAGCCUCACAGCGGAGCAGGGCAUCAUGCCGCGUCUUUGCUCGGACCUGUUUCGCCUGAUGCGCGAGGAGCGCGAGAAGGACGAGGACGUCACCUACUCCGCGGAGCUGAGCUUUUUCGAGAUCUACUGCGAGAGAGUGCGUGACCUACUCACCACCCCCCAGUCGGUCGCGGCGGCCAGUAGCAACAAUACCCACUUUGGUACAUCCGCAUCGGCAAGUGGAUCGCUGCGCAUUCGACAGCACCCCUCCCAAGGGCCGUACGUAGAGGGCCUCUCCCGCGUCAAAGUGCGCGACGCCGGCGGCGUGCUCAAGCACCUCCUCGGCGGCCUACGCGACCGUGCGACGGCGGAGACAAACAUGAACGAGCACAGCAGUCGCAGCCAUGCCAUUUUGCAGCUGCACAUUACGAAGGUCAUGGCCGACACAGACGAAGGCACCAGUAGCGUGGUCACACGCACGCGAACGUGCAAAUUGAACAUGGUCGAUCUGGCUGGCAGCGAGCGCGUUUCACAGUCCGGCGUCUCGGGUGACCGCUUCGAAGAAGCCAAGAACAUCAACCUCUCCCUCUCCACCCUUGGCCGCGUCAUUCAGCAGCUGUCGGAGAAACAAGCAGGCAAGAAGGUCAUACCUGCCUAUCGUGACAGUGUGCUAACUUGGCUGCUUUCCGACAGCCUCGGUGGCAACAGCAAGACCAUCAUGCUCGCCACCGUCGCCCCGAGCGCGUACUGCUACCAGCAGACCCUGAACACACUACGGUUUGCUGGGGUGGCGAAGAAGAUCGUGAACGUCGCAACGGUGAACGAGGACCGGCACUUCCAGGAGCUCAUCGCGGGACUUCGACGGCACAUCGUGCGGCUGACGUUGCAACUGGAGAGCGGAAAGGCGGCGGACGUGCACUUAGAGAAAAUCGAUGCGUUGAGGCGCGAGCGCGAGGCGCUGCUGGCGGAGAAUGAUGCGCUGAAGAUGAAGGUGGUCUCUGCCGCCGACACGACAGUGCUGAAGGCACUCCGGAAGCGUGUCAAGGGCCUCGAGGCGGAGAACGCGCAGCUGGGGGCGGAGGCGCAAGCACUUCAGGAGCGCAUGCUGACGAGCACUGGCACCUUGCGCGACGAGCUUGCGCAGCAGCGCGCAGAGAUCAUGCAGCUGUACGAGAAGCUGACGAAGCGGGAAGCAGAGGUGACAGACUGGGCAAACCGCUACCGGGCUCUCGUCAUCUCCACCACAACACCGAGCACGACAACGGCGGUCGCCGCGAAUGGCACUGACAACGCCAAGGCAGUGGUGGACACAGCAGAAGCGAAAGAGGCGCAGCUCGCGCAGGAGCGGCUGUGGGAGAAGCUCAAGCAGACAAAGGCGCAGCUGCAGAAGGCGACGCAAGACCUCUCAGCAGCCGAGCGCACAAGGCAGGAGGCGAUUGACGCAGAGAAGAUGACCUCCGCGCAGCUGGAUGAGUACCGGGUGCGCUACGAGGAGAGCAAGCGCCAACUAGAUCUUCUGCGCGAACGCAUGCAGAGCACGAUGAGCCUCCUGGAGACGACUCAGUGUGAGCUCAGGGCUCUCAAGUCUCACAGCACGACCGAGUCCGAAAAGACGCGCGCCGUCGAGGACGCGCUGGACGCGACCAACACGGCCAACGACAAGAACUCAGCGAAGCUGGAGCAGAUGCGCAACGGCUACCUAGAGGAGAAGCAACGCAAUGUACAGCUGCUGCUACGGGUGGCUGAGGUAGAGCAGGAGCGGUCAGCGCUGCGGCGCACCAUCACCCAGCGAGCAGCUGACAUGUGCGAGCUGGAGCAGCUGCUGUUGGAGGAAACGGAGACGUCAGAGCGCUACUACAUCCGCAUGCGCUUUCAUCGUUACGUACACGCGCUGCAACAAGAGCACAUGGCCCAGUUGCUGACCCUGCACGACAUGGCUAGCCGCCGCCGCAACGUAGACGGGAUUCGCUGGUCGACCGCAGGAACCACCGGGGCCCUUUCCAGUUCCUACUCCACCUCACGCCUUGGCGAUGGCGAAAGCGGCCGAUGCAUACCUGAGGCAGCAUCACAAGCGCUCUACCGCGAUUCGGCCUCUGCAAACGUCUCCACAACCUCGGCCGCGCACGAGGCUGCCACCAGCGCGAAGCUGCUGCUCGUGCAACUCGUGUACGAGUGCCAGCUCCAGGAAUCACAAGUGCGCGCCGCAGUUGAGCAGGAGUGCGCUACAGACAUUGCCAGGCUUCUCUCACAAAAAGUACGUCUGGGCCAGAUCGCUAGAGCAGGGCUCUCUGAGAAGCUCGCGGAGGUCGAAGACGCUCACAGGGCUCUGCGUGAGGAGCUGAAGUACUACAAGCAAAAGGUCAAAGCGCAGGAGGAAGCGUACGCGGAGGAGGUGGCGCAGCACCAGAGCGACAGCAAUGCGCUGCAGGCCGCGGAGAUGGAACAUAUGCGACUGGAGCGGAAGAUCGGCACACUAGAAGAUGCGAAUGCCGAGCUCGAGGCGGGCCGCAAUUCGCUCAUCGCCAAGGUGGCGCAGCUGCAGGAGCAGCAAAGCACGUGGCAGGCUCGGUGUACCAAGGCUGAGCGCAUUGCCUUGGAGGUGCAAGAUCUUCUCUUACCCGACCCGUCCGGCACUGCUUCAAGCGGUCCUGAGAGCAGGGCUGACGAAUGUGCCGGCAAUGGCGAGGACCAGCUGCCGCAGCGCCGCAGCUACUCAGCGAUGCAGCUGGAGGCAGCAAUGCUGACGGACAAGGCGCGAGAGGCCCAAGAUGCAAUGGAGGCGAAGGCGGCGCUAGAGUGGCAGUGCGAGGAGUACCGCGGCGAGCUCGGUGCGCUGCGUGCCCAGGUAGAACAAAUGAAGCUGCAGAAGCAGGCGGCCCAGCAGCAGCUAACUCGAAACGACCAGGCUCAGCAGCAGGCUGAGACGCGCUUAAGUGAGGCGAAUGCGCAGCUCAUACAGGAGAUCAGCACCCUCACCCGCGAUUACGAGUCACGGAUCAAGCAGCAGCAGACAAUGCUGAAGACGUUGCGGCAAGCCUUGGAUGAGGAGACGUCCAUGGCAGACGUAUGCCGGCAGUCGGCUCAGCGAGCCGAGGCAGCGCGGGAGGCGCAAAAAGAAGAGCUCAUCGCCGCCCGAGAGAUGGCAGAGGAGCUGCGCCGGCAGCGAGAGGACACGUCAGACAAGUAUGUUGAGUUGCAAAGAGAGCUGAACCAGCUACGAGGGCACUACCACAUUCUUGAGCGACAGCUUAUUGAGCUGCGCGAACGGGAGCCAGAGCUUUACGUGCUGCUGGAGAAAGGCUUGGGCGAAGACACGACAAGCUGGCUGGAGAAGGUGCGAGGCGAGAAGUUGCAGCUGCAGAAGCAGUGGCACGAGGCACGACAGCUAAACUCGGAACUGCUGGAGCACGUGCAGGGUCGAAACGCGCGCCUGCGCGAUGUUCAGAAGCGGCUGACUGAUGUCUCCAUCGGCGGAGAUGAGCUGGAAGAAGACGAAGAGGUCUCCGUCGACUCAGCAGUGGCCGCCACGCACGCUCGCCGACGGCGACGCUGA